UAUGGCGCGGCCCUUAACUAGUUCUACAUUAAUUACGAUCUUCGGAUGCCGGAACAAAGUAAGGAUAAAAAAGAAACAAACAAAGAGAGACAAAAUAUAAUUAAAACCCAAACUCCCGCAUCUCGAUAACGCUGUGGCACGAGCCCGAAUACGCCACGUCAUGCCAAAACGCCACGUGGCAGCAAUACCUUCCAGUCCCACAUGGUUCCGAAGUCCGAACACGUGGCGACCCCCGACAGGGAAAUGGGGAAGAUACGAGAGUAAUAGGUCUGUCGCGCGUGGCACCGCCCACACGUACGAUCGAGGUAUGGUCGAGAAGCGUCUGGAGCCUCACUCUCCGGAAACGCACUUUUUUCUUCCCCUCGUCGUUUUCCGGCUUCCCCACGAAAGCAGAAGCGAAUUAAUAAUCACCUCCGGGAUAAUUUCACCCACAACCGUAGAUAAAUAACUGCAGCUCAAGCUUAUAUAUAUAUAUUAUGUAUUAUAUAAAUAUAAAUUAGUUGAGGGGAGAAGAAGGACGGACGGACGGACGGCCGGGAAAGUGAUUAGCUAGGAAGAUGGGUGUGAUGGAGGGCGUGAUCGACUACUUGUCAGAGCUGUGCGAAGGCCCCAUCAGCCGCAUAAAGAAGCGUAGGAAACCCAAGCAGUUGCAGACGGUGGCGAUGAAGGUCCGAAUAGACUGCCAAGGUUGUCAGCGGAAGAUCAAGAACGCUUUGAAAGCCAUGAAAGGGGUGACAAGCGUGGAGGUGAACGCGAAGCAGAACAAGGUGACGGUGACGGGGUACGUGGAGGCGCGGAAGGUGAUGGAGCGGCUGGCGCAGCGGACGGGGAAGAAGGUGGAGCCGUGGCCGUACGUGCCGUACGAGAUGGUGCCCCACCCUUACGCCCCCGGCGUCUACGACAAGAAGGCCCCGCCCGGCUACGUCCGCGGUGUCGCCCUCGUCGACCCCGACGCCGCCCCCCUCGCCCGCGCCUCCUCCCUCGAGGAGAAGUACGUCUCCGCUUUUAGCGACGAGAACCCCAACGCCUGCGCCCUCAUGUGAUUGAGUAUAUAUCAGACCUCAUGAACCUUGUGUGUGUGUGUGUAUAUAUAUAUAGGAUGAGAAGUAAGGGUUGAUGUGGUUUGUACAUGUAUAUAACACAAAUGAGCUAGGGGAGUUGUUGGGUUGUUUUGUGUUGUCUUGUUGUUGUUGCUGUAAAUUGCUCGGAGUUUGCAGUUUUUAUCUAUGUUUGUAAUUAAUUUAUUUUGUGGUAGAGCUACAAGAGUCAGAAAUAUAUAAAAUUUGCUGUA